AUGGCGCGCCGGAGGAGCAGUGGUAUCACGAGCCUGGGGUUUAACCAGGAUCAAGGCUGCUUCACUUGCUGUUUAACAUCUGGCCUGCGCGUCUAUAAUGUGGACCCAUUGGUUGAGAAGGCACAUUAUAGCAAGGAAGAGUUGGGAGAAGUGUCGCUAUGUGAGAUGGUGUUCCGUACGAAUUGGCUGCUAGUGGUGCGCGCGCGCAGGCCUUGCAGCCUCAUGCUACUGGACGAUCAGCAACGUGCCUUCAAAGCCGAAGUGCUGUUCAAAUCGCCCAUACGAGCGUUACGAGCUCGCAAAGACAAAGUGGCGGUAGUAUUAACGUCGUCCAUACAAGUGUUAUCACUGCCAUCGUUAGCGCGUGUCGCAUUGCUCCGUACCCCGGCCGCCGCCCGGCCGCUGUGCGCGCUCGCGACAGAUCCCAACGCGCUACAGCUACUCGCCGCGCCGGCACAUAGGAAGGGUUCUCUGCAAUUAUUGGACGUAUCUCGAUCCGUUAAAGGAGCAGCAUCCAGUUCCCCUGCUGUUGUGGGCUGUCAUCAAACAGAUCUAGUUUGUAUAAGUCUGUCAGCGAACGGUGCCAAGUUAGCCACAGCUUCCGAACGCGGGACCAUCAUACGCCUGUGGGAUACUGCUACUAAACACAUGCUGCAUGAGUUGAGACGAGGUUCGGAUUACGCGGAUGUUUAUUGUAUAAACUUCAACACGUCCGGGUCGCUGGUGUGCUGCGUGUCGGACAAGGGCACGCUGCACGUGUGGCGCGCGCGCGGGCCCUACGCGCACGUGUGCGCCGCGCCCGCCGCCGCCGCGCGCGCGCUCUGCGCCUUCGCCGACGAGGGCAGCGCUGUCGUUAUCUGUGAAGACGGAACAUUUCACAAAUUCUCGUUUUCCACUGAAGGCAAUUGCCAUCGCAGCGAUUUUGAAUAUUUCUUACAGGUUGGUGACGAUGACGAAUUUUUGCAU